AUGCGCCGCGUGCCGUCUGGGUACUGCUCCCCCUGCCGUUUCUUUGUGUGGAAGAGCCUGCUGACUGUGCACGAAAAGAACUCGACACAAGAAAACAAGAAAAGGGAAAGAAACAUGUCGGACGCUGUGGCUGUUGCUUCGCCCGUGAAGAAGACUUCACCCAGGAAGGCCUCCCCGAAGAAGGCUGCGGCGGCGAGGAAGCCUGCAGCCAAGAAGGCUGCGAGGAAGCCAGCUGCUAAGAAGGCUGCGAGGAAGACUGCAGCCAAGAAGCCUGCGAGGAAGACUGCAGCCAAGAAGGCGGCGAAGAAGCCGGCUGCCAGGAAGGCUGCGAAGAAGAAAGCCCCGAAGAGGAAGUAG